AUGAACAAACUUGCUCUUUCAAUUUGUCUUAUCUUUGGUAUUGUUUGUUACACAAAUGCGCAAGGUGUAACAUUUACAACAACUGCACCUCCUUUCACAGUAGUUUGCAAUACUAUUACAGCAAACAAGGCAACAACAGCUGCGUUUUUACAACAACUCACAGCUGCAUUGCAAAGUACUGGUGCAGGAUCAACAAAUUUUCCCAAUUCAGUUGCAUAUGUAACAAAUUCAACAAAUCAGAAGGAACUCUUAAGUGGCGAACAAGGAUGUAUGAAUUUCUUCAAUGGUUUUCUAACACCAUUUACAACUGAUUUACAAAAUGAUAAAGUCAAAAUCGUUGAUGCUCGACAACAACUCAGCCAAUUUCUUCAAACAAAAUUUCCAAAUCUCGCUGCGGUGCUUCCAAAUUAA